AUGAUCUCGACACGGAAAGAGAGCAUAACCUCUCCCAGCCUAGAGGACUCGUUCUUCCCCUUCUCCUCGUCGACCCCGUCCUCCAGGCGUCGCAUCAUGUGUAGAACGGACGACCUGGUGGAGUCACCCGAGGUUGACAGCAGCCCCAGCAUGCUGGAGAAGGACCUGAUCUUGGCUGCUGAGGUGGGCCAGGCUCUUCUGGAAAGGAAUGAGGAACUGGAGGCUCAGAUGGAGCAGAUGAGGAGAGACGUGGAGGCCUUGCAGCAGGAGAAGCACAUCCUUCAGAGGCGGCUGGAGGUAAAAGAACUGGAGGCGGGGCAGCGGGAGGCGGAGCUACAGGCUGACAUCACCCUGUUACGUAAGCAGCUGGACCAGAACCACCACCAGGGUCGUGACCGUCGUCGGGAAGAGAACGAACAGCUGACGCAACUCUCCAGCCACAACCAGAAGCUAGUGGAGCAGUUAGCGGAGGCGGUAACUUUAGAGCACUCUCUACGUCUGGAGCUGAGAGCCCUUCAAGAGGAGAUGGAGGACACCAGUUUCACCCGGUCUAUAAGCUCGGCUCGGCUCGACAGCCUUCAGGCAGAGAAUCGGGUCCUACAAGAGCGCUGCUCCAACAUGGACCAGCGGCUGAACUCGGCGCAGGACGACAACGACAAACUGCGCGUGGAGAGAGACCGACUGAGAGAGAGAGCCGCUGAGCUCCAAGAUGUUGUCAAAGAAAAGGAAAACGAGCUGGAUCAGCAGCAAAGUGAGUCGUUUCAGUUGCGCACCAUGAACCACAACCUUCAGCAAAAGGUCCAGGCUCUGGGGGAGGAGGCCAGUCUCGGGGAGACCACGAGCUUCCCCCUGUCGCUCCAGAACGAACUCCAGCAGUCCCAGGCCAAAGAAAGCAUCCUCGCCCAUUCUGCUGUCCUGCAAGACAGAGAGGAAGAAGUCCAGAGGCUAAAAGAAGAGCUGGAGACCAGCAAGGCUGAACUGGAAGCCCUGAGAGAGGAACUGAUGCCAUUCCGCGACACUCCUAACAAGCCAACAUACAGCGCUUUAGAAGAGGAGAUUAUUUCGGUGCGGCAGGAACGUGAUAUGCUCAACCAGCAGCUCCUCAACACCAUCAGACACAAGGUGGCGCUCCGCCAGGAGGUCGAAUCAUGGCAGGAGGACAUGCGGCUGGUGAUAUCUCAGCAGGUGAAGCUACAAGUCCGAGAGAAGGAAACCGAGCAGGCCGGAUCGCCUCUGCAGAGGAGCGGCCGCACCAGCAGAUCAUUCCGGUUACCCAGAGAAGACGGCAAGAAGAGCUUCUUCUCCUCUCUGUUCGGUGGGGAAUGAAAGACCAACUGAAAAGGACCUGAAAGAACUGCGGAAAUUAUUUUAUUACUAGGUGUAAAUGUCCAGAUGUGUAAAUAUGAUUGUGUAAACUAAACGUGUUGAAU